AUGGCAAGAGGCAGUGCUGUUUCAUGGCGACAGCUACUCUAUGUAUUUCUUGUCCUAUGCAAAGAGACCUUGUCCUUGGAUCAUGUUCCUAUGCUGCUGUGGUCAACAGAUAGCUCUCUCCAUGGCUUGGCAAAGACUUUACAUGAAGGACAUAUUAUGUCGAUGGACAAGUUAUAUUUAUUACUGAAAGAUACAGUUCUGGGCCCAGAGCACACAAAUAUUGUCUUGUUUCUUCAAGAUAGACUUAGCGUGGAAUACUUCACACAAUACAACAACUUCUCCGGAAAUGAGUCACUAUUUCACAAUGUUCAGGAGCUUCUUGAGACUUCAUCAUCUUCAUUGGUUUUGCCAGCAGUUGACUGUCAUGCUGUCAGUCAUUUUUCAGGCCGCCUCCAGAAGACUCUGAACUGGAACUUGGUAAAUGUAGACAGCCCUGACAUAUCAAAGCUAAGAGUGAAUACCUCCAAACCCAGUUUAUUUGAGAUAAACCUACCACCAAUCAGAAGAAAAGAUGAACUUUCCACUCAGAACAAGCUCAUAGAAAAUGAUGAAAUAAUUGGAAGGUUUAUCAGAUCUUUGCGGCAACAAGGAAUUCCAUUUUUAGCCAUUUAUACAGCAAAGCAACCAUCAGAGGUCAUUAGGAAACAUGAUAUAAUGUGGCAUAGUAAGCGACAAUUAAUGUCUGUUGAAAGUGAAGUAAUUGACUUAUAUCCUCCUCUGAAUGUAACCAAUGGGACCAACACCACAUGCAUCCUUUUCUAUGCAACUAAUUUCACACUUACAGUCAAUACCACCAUUCACAUGAAUCUGACAAAUUCGACAUUUCUGUUUCCUAAUGUGGAUACGACAUCAUCUGUUUGUUCAGACACCAAUGCAACGUUAUCAUUAAAAUACACCAACCUGGAAAAUGAGAAGAUUGACAUCAAGACCCUGGAAAUAAGAUUCUUGAUGACGAACAUGUUUUACACUAGCUCUUCAAAGCAAUGGUUCACUUUAGAUUUUAUUCAUAUUCUGCAAGAUAAUAUGGAUGCUGAAGAUGAACCUGCUAAAUUUAAUGUCUCUACUAUCUAUGGUCCUGCAGAGUAUUCAUUUCAUUGUCCCUUGGUGGGCACGGAGAGCCACUAUGAUGUAUUACUAAUUCCAGCCAAUGGUAAAGCUAAACAAUGGAAAAUUGAUAUUUCUGAUUUCCAAAUUCAAGCUUUCAAUAUUGAAAACAAUGUCUUUUCCUACGCGAGCGACUGCACAUCAUUUUUUACAUCUGUAAUUUGGAUGGGUCUGGUCACCUCCCUAAUUUUAUUGUUCAUCCUUACCUAUGGAAUCCACAUGAUUAUGAAUCUUACUACCAACAGUAGAUUUGAUGACCCCAAAGGUCCAACUCUUUCAGUCCCUCAAACAGAGUAA